AUGAAUCGCGCAGGUAUGCUCUCCCUGAACAUCACGACAGCAUCCUCACUUACUGAUGAGUCUGCAGAAAAAGGGACGAUCCUGAAUUCCCUGAUACUUCUCGUUUGCAUUUUUGCUGGCAAAGCAGCAGCAGCAGAAGAUGACCUAACCGACUUUACGAAUAACCUGGCACAGGAUUUGGGACCCCUAUUGGCCCUCUUUGGUGAAGCUGUCACAAAGCAGUACCUAAGCGAGAGCACCACGUUCCUCGACUACUUCACCUUUGCUAUGGGUCCAUUGGGAAUAAUCACGGCGGUGGUCUCAGUAAUUCGAGUCUGUGGUCAUCCCUCUCUCCGUGCCUUUAUCGGGCGUUCGCAGGAAGGGGAAGCGGCAGUUGAAGCAGAGCUGUGUGCAUCAACAAGUCGGGAUGUCUGUGAGCUAUUUCAUAAGGGAGGCAUUGCCCGUGUUUUAGGUAGAUCUCCUGAUCUUCUGGAGCUGGUCUGCAUAUCGGAGAAAUCUGACGCAGCUUCAAGGAAGAGAUUGGAGAUUUUCCAGAAUCACAUUAUUAAUGCCGACGAGACCUUGGACUGGAAGAGGAGCCGGGGAUCAAUCUUCAGCCCUGAUGAUAACUCGGGGCACUAUGAACUGGCAGAGACGCCGAAUCUGUCACUCAAUAUCGGUAUCAAGAAGGCACCGCUCUGGGUUACUAGCCUGGUCGCCUUGACGGGCCUUGUAUUACAGUCUGGGAUCAUCAUUCUGGCCGGAUUCGGGGCUUGGAAACUGGGUUGGAGUAAGAACAAGACCGACAGCGAAACCUCCAAGGACUACGCACCAAGAAUGUUCAUAGCAGGGAGUAUUCUUUUGUGUUUGGGGAUGUGGGGAUGUGCCGCUCUCAUCGGUCAAGCAACACAGGAGGUGAAGUUCAAGCGCAACAAGCAGGGCUCCGGCCGAAAAUCUCGCCUAAUAUGGCUCCAACCCGGGCCACAACUUGUUGGCGAGCAGAGCUUCGAUCCUAGCUCUUACUUCGAGAGCAAGAAACAGCCGAUCGAAUACUGGGUCUCCUCUCGGAAACGAAAGGGCUCAGAAAGGUCAUUUGAAGGUCUGACUUAUUUGGCGGUGCUAGCCUCCAUCGUCGGAUAUGUCCUUCAGUUCAUCGGUUUACGAGGGAUGAAGGCAUGGCUGUCACUUGCACAGUUGGGUGUCACACUAUUUAUGAGCAUGUUGAGGGGAGCUCUCCGGGUCCAGCGGCUUCAAAACCAGGACAACAGGCUUGCCAAAUUUCCAGACCUCGUGGCGGGACACGAGCUUGAUUGGUUGGCCUACGAACUGGCUUUUGAUGACUCCCCGAUGCAAUCCGUCGGGCAACCGCAGAAAGGAGCCAAUUGGCACGUUGUGAGUGGUAAGAUGCCACAUGAAGACGAACGAAUGUCUGUGUCAAAUGAGAGCUCGUUCGCGACGAGCGAUCGCUACAUGUCAAGUCGAACCACCUCGUCUGAUAAGCAAGCAUUGCAGGAAUUUAUCACGUCUCCGGGGUGUAAGGAUCUGUAUGUCAACUUGUUCAGCCUUCGCGUUCAGCUAGCGGAGUUGACGGGAAACCGUUGGCAAAGACACCUAUCAGAAGUAUCAUGUUACGAUAAGCCAUGGAAAAGUGAAACGGUUGCUGUUCGCAAGUCUGCACUUAAACUUGCCGAAGCUUUCGGCGAGGUAGCAACGGCUCUUUUGACCGGAGAGAGCCGGAAACAAAGAGGUGAUCUUGUCAUUCCCGUGGGAGCCGUUGGCCACACGGGGUUAAACGACUCGUUGGCGAGUAUCUCACCACAAGUUGUUGGUGUACAAAUGAAGGCACCCGAUCUCUCCCAACCGCUUUGGAAAGUCAACCCAGCUCAACUAGAAGCUGUUCUUGGCCUUUGGGUAUGGUCACUGGUAUCGACUCAAGAUAUUGCAGGACAAGAUGGAAUUGCAAGAAACGCUGCCAAAUCAAAAGGCAGCAUGAAUGUCUCACAUCAAAUUCUGGCUGCUGGUUUUGACAACGAAUACUGGCAAAGAGAUGUCGAUAUUGGAGUCGAGUUGAACUUCUGGUUCGGUCCCGAUACACACCACUUGUCAAGGGAGACACUCCGUUUAAGUAGAGACAUGCGGUGUGACAACUUCAACACUUUGAGUCGUCCAUUGACUGGCGCGGGAGGAUGGGAAAAGCUACCAGAAUCGACAGAUCCCACUGGCGCUUUACUGUCGUGGAGCAAAUCCCCAAUUUUCCAUCUACGACUGUUUGGAUGGAAUAUUGUCUGCGAGACAUUGGGAAUCAAAGGCACGGAUCACAUUUGGAGGUCCGACCUUGUAAAGAACGACAGACAUGUAGACAUUGAGGUCCAAUACAUGCGGUCUCAGCGCAGCAUAAUUGAUCUUUGCACCCAGCAGCUUUUCAUAACUCUUGUCAAGAAUCUUAUAGACCUAGCCGCGAUAAAUAUUCCGGAGUCGGUAGUUUCGGAGAGAGAGGGCUUUAUCCAGUUAGGGAAUCCGCUGGUCACAAGUUUCGAAAAGGCAUUUGUCGACGCCGAGAUUGGGUCCCGAGCGGAUGCGGUCACGACCAUCAUCUCACAGCUGAGAAGGCAUCUCCUCCCAGAUGAUGAGAGCAUGAUGGCAAGUCUCAUUCGGUCUGCGAUUUCCUUCAGGCAAAAGGGAGAGUGGCACCGGGCUGCAGUACUACUGAAAUGGGGUUGCCAGCAUAUAUCUCCUGAACGAUUGAAUGGCCAUAAGACAGACAAUGUCCUGCAAUGGCAGUUAUUUGAGAAGAUAUUGCAGGCAGCGACCGAAUUUUAUCGUUGCUCAGCCACAAUUAAGGACGACAAACUGGGAAUUUCUUAUGCAAAAAGGGGUCUGGAAGAAAUGAAGGAGUGGUUCCGGCGCCUUUCAACGACAUCUUCUGUUACAGACGACAUCGACAAAUGCAGGGGAAGCAUUGCCACAAUGCUCGCUUGUUAUAGCGAAGUAUUCGAACGCUUGGAAGCAGAACCUGUCACCACGCAUAAAGUACAUAGGACACACCCCUUUGUCCAAGCCAUUGAUGAUGUAAAUAGAGCCGAUGCCCUUUAUCACUUAUGUUUUCUGAAAACUAGUGACUUUGGAUCUCACAGCCUCAAACCCGCCCUGCCACUUGCUAUCCGAAACCAAUGGACCGAAAUUGUGGACGCUCUUUUCGAGAUGAACGUCCACCCGGACAGUGACGACAAAUCUGGAAGAACCGGUGCAUCAUAUUGCGCCGAACUGGGCUACAUUCACUUGCUUCAGGAUCUAGUGAGCCACGGUGCAUUCUUAGAUCAAUCCGAUAACAUGUCUCGUACACCAAUGCACUGGGCGGCACUGAGCGGCCAAGACAAAAUCGUCAAUAUGCUUCUAGAGAAGGGAAGUGUGGAUUUGUCCCGCCCGGAUAAAAAGGGAAUAAUUCCUUUUUGGCAUGCCAUUUAUGCAAACCAUCCGGGGAUUGUACAAGCUAUCCUAGAUCGAGGCUUUGCUGUAGAUACGCUGAGUGAGCAGCAAGAUUGCAGUCCUGUGUCCUGGGCUGCGAGAUAUGGGCAUGCUGAGAUUGUGCAACUGUUGGUUGACAGAGGCGCUGAACUUAACCAGCUUGAGACAAUAUAUCAUCUAUCGCCUCUUCAUUUCGCAUGUGAUGGCGCCCAUGAGGACGUCGUGCGCAUUUUGCUCGAAGCCAAGGCUGAUGUCAAUUUUGUCGACGGAGGCAAGCGUAAUGCGUUGCAUCGUGCUGCAAUGGCCGGCAAUAGGGAGAUUGUGCAGCUUCUUCUGAACCUGGAAGUAGAUGUAAACAUAGAAGACGAUUCUGGGCGGACGCCAUUGCACUACGCCGCCGACUAUGGCCAUGACGGACUUCUCAAUGUUCUCGUUGGACGAGGUGCCAAAAUCGAGGCACAAGAUAGCUUUGGCCGCACGCCGCUUCUUCUGGCGGCGCAGAACCAGCACAAUGCUACCACAUAUCCUUUCGUCAUGAAACUGCUCGAUAUCGGUGCCACCGUUGACGCCGAAGACCAGAGCGAAGCUACUGCUCUGUAUCGUGCCGCGGAAAACCGGCAAUACGACCUAAUUGAACCUCUUGUUCGCUGCGGCGCCGAUCCAAACCAUGAAACCAAAUACGGAAACACGCCUCUAGAUCGCGCCGCAGGUCGAAACUACUCUCUUAUGGUCCAAAAAUUGGUGGAAAAUGGGGCAGAUAUAAACUGGCAGAGUAGAGAAGGCCACACGGCGCUGACUGAAGCAGCAGCAAAUGGUUGCAUGAAAUCAGUACAGACUCUCCUUGAACUCGGAGCCACAUACAUUGAGGAUUUUGAGGGAAAUACUCCAAGUAUGGUGGCCAAGAAGAAUGGGUUUCACGAUAUUGAGAGGUUCUUGAACUCGCAUGCACAGAGCACGCAAUCAUAG